AUGAAUACCACGGCCCCCACCACGCCUGAACACAACAACAUCAGCGCAGCAGUCACGGCGCCCAACAUGGACAUCCCGGCGACCACUAACGGCAACCCGACAUCCACCAACGACAAUGAGGCGACCACCAAAGGCAUCCCGGCGCUCGGUGCCCUUCAGCGCCUCCCGCAAGAGAUGCGCGACGAGAUCUACAGACUCUGCAUCGUAAAUGACCGCAUCGCCGUUCGUCACGACCAGAUCGGUGUGCAAAUCAUCCGCCACGCGCCUCUGGCCGCAUGCUCCCGACAGCUCUACGACGAAGUGAAUAAGGAAGCGGGCCGCCUAAUCUAUCACAUCCCCCGUCACGAGGUCGUUGCCGUCCGGGACGAGAUCAACAACUGCUACAUCGCUCCGCCUGACGUCCUCGAGAACACCGUCAACACAUGGCAUGGCGUCACCAACGUUCUGGUCGAGAUCAUCGUUCCAAUCUGUGAAGCACAACCAUUCAGUGAUGAUGGCAGCCGCUCUCAGGUCUCGCUUCAACAAGAAAGGGUGGCUCUCGCCUACGCGUCAUACUGGAGUCUGACGGAGCGCCCAUUCCAGUGGUUGACGGACAUGCUGUCGUUCCUUGACAUCCAGAGGGCUGUGGUCAAGAUCUCGGUUCCACAUGAGAUGUGGUGGAACUACCAGACGAUCGACGAGCUCUUUGGAAUCACCUACCAACACGAAAGUGUCUUUGAUCGUGCGUCCUUCGGCGGCAACCAGCUGGUCAACGGAAUCACCACUCUAGUUCCAGCCGAGGUAGUGGUGAUCGAGGAGUCGCAGAAGAACAUCGAGGCGUACCGCGGUCCGAGUCAUCAGGAUGGGGCGGUGUAUCUGCGAGACAAGCUCAAGGAGUUCCCGGUCGCUGAGGUGCUGGGUCAAUGGCUGCCGCCGGAGAAGGCGGAGUUCUGGAUGGGUGUGGUGAACGAGAAGGAGUCAUGA